AUGGAGAGUGGAACAAAGAGAAGCGAGGUGGUGGUGUCCAGUAAGCUCCGAGGCCAGAGGGCCAAGUCCAUGAAAUUUGUGGACAGCCUGAUGAUCCACAUGGGAGACCCUGUCAGCUACUACUUCAACACAGCUGUGCACCAAGUCCUUCUCAGACAAGGUGUAUUGGGAAUUAAAGUCAAAAUCAUGUUGCCCUGGGACCCAAGUGGCAAGAUUGGCCCUAAGAAGCCCCUGUCUGACCAUGUGAGUAUCAUAGAGCCCAAGAAUGAGAUUCUUCCUACUACUCCCAUCUCAGAGCAAAAGACUGGGAAGACAGAGCAACCAGCUAUGCCCUAGCCCGUGGCCACUGCGUAACAGGACUCUGUGAAUGGUGUGCCCAAAGCUCUUCUGUAAAGAUCUUUAAAUAAAAUAUUUUUAAAACAAACACAAACAAACAAAAAACAAACAAACAACUCUCCAUAUUUACCCAAGGUUAUCCUUUUCUCCUCUCCAGUUCCCUCCUCUCCAGUAUUUUGCUUCCCUCAAGCAGUCCACUUUUUAGAGCCU